UCCUGUUGAAAGUACAUGCCUGUGCUGCGAUGGAGGCGUUGGUGCUGCCGGAGGAUGGGUCUCAUAAAGGCAACGGGGACACGGUUAAAGUACCCGACAGACUGUUGAAGAGAGAGCAAGUAAGGCAAGAGGAGGCUGAGCGACGUAAGGAGGCCAAAGAAAGCAAAUCGGUUGCGGAAGAGAAAAUCGAUUACUUUUCUAAUGCGUUUGGCACAGAAAGAGCCGCAGUUGAAGAGCUGCUGUCCGGCUGCUCCGCAGAGAAUGGUGGCGCCACCGCUGCGGUCCUGGAAGAGGUCUCCUCCAGGAUCCAGCGCCUACAGAAGUUUCUCAACGACAGCAUGUCUUUCCUCACCCAGUACGAGCUCCGCCAGGCGCAGGCGUCGCUACAGAAGCUACAGGGCGCCCUGGCCUAUAAGCGGGACGAGGUGAUGCCCAAGAAAAGGUUCGCUUUCCGAUCUCGGAACUCGGCGCCGAGCAAAAGCAAACUGUCCAGCGCGCUUCCUGUACAGGCUGCGGUGGAGGAGGGCGGCAGCACAGCAGUCGGCAUCGGUGUCGACGUAGCAGCGCAGUGCGGCUUUUCCAACGUCUCCAGCCAGGUUCUAAGCAAAGGGCCGGAUGAGAUCAGGAAGCGGGACGUGCUCCUGACGCAGCUGACGAACUGCCGGGUGAGGCUGUAUGGCGCGCCCAGCACCCUGCACAUAAAACACGUCCGCGACUCGGAGAUCAUGUGCGGUCCCGUGUCCGGCUCGGUCUUCGUGGAUGACUGCUCUGGCUGCACGCUCGCCCUCCCCUGUCAGCAGCUGCGGACUCACAACACCUGCGACACCCGAGUCUACCUGCAUGUCACCAGCCGGGCGAUCGUCGAGGACUGCACUGGGGUCAGCUUCGCCCCUUUCAGCUGGACUUAUCCGGCUUUGGACGCCGACUUCGAGGCGUCCGGACUGGACAAGGGCAGAAACAACUGGAGCCAAGUAGAUGACUUCAACUGGCUGGCGGCGGAUACCCCGUCCCCGAACUGGACGCUCAUUCCCGAGUCGGAAAGAAGGACCAGCUGGGACUGAUUUAUGUGUAAUUCUUGAGGGCAGUGGUUUUAUGUCCUAAACGCGAUAUAUUUGUUUUCAUUUAAUUUACAAGCAAUUGACAGACCCAGAGAGAAAGCAAGUACUCUACUAACCUGAACUAUGAUUAAUAAUCCAGAUAAACGUCAUGACCUUUUCCUGUUAUUCAGCUAAUUCUUGGGAUUACCUGCAGGAAAACCAUAAAAUAAAUCUCCAUUAUCAGCCUU